UUUUGCACAUAGUUUUGGCACAUUGAUUAGGUGCAUUUAUAUUUAUUUUGGGGAUGGCUUUUGCAUAGUACAGCGUUGUUUACAGCUUCUGUGUCAAACCAUGGCAGACGUUGGUUUCACGUCUACGUUGGUGACGUUGUGUCGUCAAUCUCUGAGUGGGAACUUAUCUGCUAUUCGUUCUGCUGAAGAUAAUCUGAAAGUGUUGCUUCAGCCCAAUGCUAGUGAACUCCGUUUACGUCUGGGUUCACUUUUUAGGAUUAUAUUGGUGCCAUCAUCAUUGGCAUCUCAACCUGGUGUAUUGAAAGAUGAGGAUCUUAAGUACGUCAGUUCAGAGUUGCAGCUUUGGGUAUCAAUAUGCUUAAAGAAUUUCGUGCGUAAUCAUUUUGAUACCUCUGAAUCUCAUGGCGGCGUUAGUGAGGAUAUAAGGCGUUUGGUUCGUUGCUUUGUGAUUGUCGUCGUUCUUAAUGCGGAAUUGCUACAGCUCGAUCGCAAUGUAACUCGUCAGUUGGAGGAUACAUUAGAGAUGUUGGCAGAGGACGACUUUCCAUAUAAUCUGGAUUUCGCCAUUCUCUUUAUGUCUUAUUGUCACUUGAGUGACAUAAACACGGAUGCCGUUACUAUCGCAUUUUCACAACGGUUGCACAAGGCUGUCAGUAUGCGUGGAAACUUGAAUGUUGAUGCUGCUGUUGUGAAUAUAUCCGAGUCACUCGCUAGGUCCUUGGAGGAGGCGAAGUCGACUGUUCAUCUUGCCUAUGGUGAGACUUGUUGGAAGCUUCUAUCUGCUUAUUCUGGCAUCCAGAAAUCGUUGGAGGCGUAUUCAUCGGUUGCUUCAUCAGGUAAUUUGGAAUCCUUUAGUAUGGCCUAUUCUGAGCUUUACCGUUGCCUUGCGUUGGGUCUUGAUGCUAUGUGUGAUUGCCUUAAGGGCGUGGCUUUGAAUGAUCUUGAUUUGAGCAAAUUCUUACAAUCAGCCCAGGUAUUAUUCCCCAACGAAUCGGUUUGUAAAUACAUUUGUGACCAGAACAGUGGCGGUAUUACGCCUGCAACUGACAAGGGUGACGCUUUGGUAUAUUUUGACGACCGUUUGCUAUACAAGGAUGAUAUGUUUUGGCGUCCAUAUGCAGCUUCUUUACCUCCUAUGGGUGGUCAUGGUCAGUGCGUAACAUUCUCUGUUAAGCCCGGUACGGUGCUCAAUGCCUCCGUGAUGGACGUCACGUACUUCAGACGUAAGGCCUAUAUUUUAUCCGUCUUCAAGCGUUUGAUGAAGAAGUACAAGACAAGUAUAUACAGUGACGGUAUUUUGCGUGAGUUGAAGAUAAUUUUGACCAUAAGUGAGAACAUGUUACUUUACGUAUACAAGGCGCUAUUGACUAAACUGCGUGAUUACAUGCCUCUACUGGACGGUACAAACUCUAUUCUCCCGGGUGUUGUGCUUGACCUUAUGGAUGGAAUCACGUGUAUCACUAAGAUCCUAAUGUACAUCCACGCUGUUGACCUUCCUGAGUGUUGUGAAGACAAUGUUGUUGUGUAUAUUGGCAGCAUGAUUGAUUUAUUACUUCUUUCCGACGCUAGAAUCUGCCAGGUUGACCAUCAAGGCGUGGUUUUAAAGAUGAAAAUUGCUAUAUGCAAGCUUAUGCGUUACUAUGCGGAGCGUUAUCAGGAAGUGUUCCGUCCAUUUGUAUUCCGUUGCAUCGACGAUAUGGUUACUCUCUGUCGUGGUCUUGGCCAAGGCAGUGAAGAUGAUGAUUUAUGCUCGUCUAUAUUAGACUUCCUUACCGCGUCGGCAUCUACCCACUGGGCUCCUUAUGAUGGGCGUACAAACCCUUUUACCAAUGCCGAGUGUUUGGGUGACAUUAUCCGUGCCAUUGUGUUGCCGAAUAUAGGAUUUCGUGACUGUGACUUAUUUUUGAUAGAAGACUGUGCAUUAGAGUUUGUUCAGCGGGAGUUGGACACUGGCAAUGGUCACAGUCGAAGGUUUGCUGCGAUAAACUUUUUGAAGAAGCUGGUAAACACAUAUGGCCAGAUAGUUCAGCACAUUUUGAAUCAAUUUGCUCAAAAUGUUUCUUGUGCCAAUGACUACAAGCUUAAGGAACUCUAUCUGCAAUUGAUAAUCUGUUCCAAUUUUAAAGCCAAUGAAGGCUUUGACCUACACAGCUACUUCACUCAGCAUCUAAAGGCUGAUUUGUUAAGGGAGUCUCGGGAUUUGAAACAAAAUCAGGAGAGUAUUUUGAUAGUGAUGGCUAUUUUGAAAUACAUUUUCACCUUUAAGAAGCAUAUAACCGUUCCCGAAUUAGCAUCUUUGGUUAUGCCUAUUGCCACUUUCUUGCAGCAUCCCAAUGAUGCGGUGCGAUUUCUUGCAGCUGAGACUUUGAAUCGCAUAAUACCAUUGGUGCGAGAGAACAGGACUACUCUGAAGCCUCAGUUGUUGCAGUCUUUGGAUCGUUUGCUACAGUUGAUGCGUUCUGAGCCCCCUAAUGAAUUUUACGUUCGUUGUGUGAUGCGUAUAUUCCAAUUUCUUCGUGAAGACGUGAAGGAGAGCGGCUUUGUGAUGUUGGACAUUAUUGUUGAGCUUAUCAAGCGUGCUUGUGACAAUUCUGUUAACCCUGUCUACAAUCACUACUUAUUUGAGUGUUUGGCUUUGUUGAUCAGGCUAUAUGUAGCAUCGGGUUCUACGGAAGCGUUACGUCGUAUAGAAGAGGGUUUGAUCCCAACUAUCGCAAUCAUAAUCCAACAAGAGAUGCAUCAAUUUGUACCGUACGGUAUGCAGAUUCUGUAUGUUCUAUUGCGCGCCUCUCAGCACCCCGGCCCUACGUAUAUACAGCUAUUUUCUCAUUUAACAUCUAUUGACACGUGGAAAGAGUCUACUGCCAAUGCUCAGGGUGCUGCUAAGUUGUUGACGUGUUAUUUCGAGCGCCACACUUUAUUUGAAAAGGAGAUUUCUGCAUCAAUGGAGCGCAUCUUAAGCAUAUUUCACUUUUGUUUGACUCACCGCAAGUUAUCGUUGGUAUCAUUGGAUAUCCUUAAUGGUAUUUUACGUUACUUGCCAGUGCGUUUCUACAGCCAGUUUUUGGUCUCUAUUAUUACGGUACUGCUAACAUAUAUACACAACAUGAAGGUAUCCGAUUGUAUUCCUCGUGUGGUGGUUUCUAUGGCAUUAUUGACGUCAUGCCUCUACCUUCAGCAAUACAGUCCCGGUUUCAUUGAUAUGCUAGAGUCCAUUCAGGCUGGAAUAACACAAAGCUUUAUCCAGGUGGUAUACUUGCCAAACGCUAGGAAGGUACUUGCCCUGGAAUCAAAACGCGUUUUGGUACUUGGCACUGCCAUAAUGCUAAGCAGCCCUGCGAUUCAGCAAUCUGAGUCAUUUGCCAUGUUGGUUGAAUUUUUGUCUGGCCUACUUCAGGGUCAGACUUUACGUGUUCCUCAAACACCCAUCGAUCAUGAUGAAGAGAUUAUGGAGGACUUAGAUUUUGAUGUAUCUUUUGUACGUCUGCGUAGCAUCGAUGGCAACCAGGACCGUGGUGCUGGGAAGCUUUUGGAUCCUGCUUGCAACGUUGAGCAGGCCGUUCGCGCGGUCCUUGCUCCUUUGGGUGGGAUAUUGCGCCAGAUGCCUGAGGGCAAAUCUCAGAUACUACUAAACCUGUUAAACUGAACUUUGCAGGAAUGCAAUCUGUUAUCGUUU